AUGGGAAGGGCCGGGGCCCCCGCGAGCGAGCAAGCACGACUCCUGCUCAAACAGGCAAGUCUGGCAGCACGGUCUGGAGUCUUAGCAAGGGGCGAGGCUGGCGGGAAAUUCCCAGGCGAGCCCGCGUGCCGCCCUGGGGGCGUCCUUUUCCACAAUUCCACUCGCGAGCAGCGCUCCCAUUGGGCUCAGAGGCAGGGCGAGCGAACGGUGAGCAGGGCAGCUCCGCCGAUUGCAGCAGUUACGGCGUAUUACACGGUAAUCUCUGUAAUUGGGAUUACAGCAUAUCCGCCGGCCGGUGGUUGGCCAGGGACUCGGCGGCCUCAGGCCCACAGCCCGGCGACGCUGGCCCCCGAGCCUGCCUUGGCCCUUCCUCUCCGAGCGAACCUAACGGCCUCGCUAGCAGUCGACUUGUCAUCGGCCACGGCUUCACGGCGGAGCCAGCGUCAUCGUUCCCCAGCAGGUCCUCCACGCCCGCGAAUCGAUUCCCCCGCUGGGGUUGUCGAGCUCACAGUCGCCCGAUGCCCACUGGAUCAGCCCACCUGCGACAACCUGUCUCCCUCCGAUAAUCCCGCAUCGCCAUCAAACCCGCCACACGGCUCAGAAUAA